AUGCGCAUCCUGCUGACGCAUGCUGAUUCGCCAGUUGGACGAGCUAUCGCAUUCCUAUACUCUGUGCUAAAGGUCGAGCACGUGAAACUCGACCAGAACGCCAGCAUGCUUGACCUUGCCCGUGUGGGCAAAGGGAGCUUCCACUUGAUCAUCUCUGGAUAUGAGGGCACUGACGCAGGCCCAAUCACUUUCAUGCGAUCUCUUCUGCUCCAAGGCGAAGGGAGGAUGUUCCUGUGGAAUACGGAAGAUGAGGGCGUCACCAACAUUCUCCGAGCAGAUCCUUGCACAGUUCAGGAUGCUCUCGCGGUCGUUGUCCCCAUGCUGGAAGAACACGUAAAAGACCUUCAACCCGUAUCGUCCUCUCCUGUCGACACCAAAUCAAGUGACGUCGAGGUAUCAUCGAAUAUGCGGGAUCGCGCCACGCUCUUCGACGCAAGUAAAGCUUAUCUCAUAGUCGGCGGGAUCGGGAACGUUGGAGCACAUCUCUGUAUGUACAUGUAUGAGCGAGGCGCACGGCACAUGAUCGUCACGUCGCGCCGUGGGCGGGCAGGGUUGCAAAAUAACACAAAUCCGACAGUGCAACGCCUGUUUGAGUACAUGGAGACACUCGCUGAUCUCGACCUCCGCUUGGAAGCUGUCGAUGCUAUCUCAGUAGCCGACAUGUCUCGCCUGAUGAAAUCAGAAGCUCUGGAGAUUGGCGGAUGCAUCAUCCUAACUGCAGUGCUCGCAGAUCGUACCUUCCAGCACAUGACAGAGGCGGAUUUCUCGGCAGUCUUCGCCGCGAAGGUUGGCGUGCUGAAGACUAUACAGCACGUGAUUGACGUCGACCAUGCGGACUUUGUGGUCGCUUUCACAUCUAUGUCCGGCUUGUUUGGGUUUGGUGGGCAAACCAAUUACGGGGCAGCAAAUACCGAACUAGAGGAAGAACUGGCUCAGAUCCCAAAUGCUUUCUCCUUUGUAUGUCCCGGUGUGUUGGAUACGUCACUGAUGCUGGCUGGCAACGAUAUGGCCGCGCGCCGCCUGGGACAUGCGGUCGAAUGGUCAUUCUCUGCGGAAGAGAUGGUCUUAUGGUUCGACGACGCGAUGUGGCGACAUUACAAUCUGCAACGCUUCAGUCGUUACGUGCCAAAUAUGGACUGGGACGCUCAGGAUCGCACGCAUGGGAUGACGAUGUUAGGGCAGCAUCUCCUGAGCAGUCAAGAACCAAUCUCAACGUCCUCGGAAAGUCGUGGCGACCAGAUCACGGAGAUCGUACGGAAGACGCUGAAUGUUGCCACGAAUGACCUAUCCGAUGACACACCGCUAACAGCAUACGGCAUUGACUCGCUGUCGGCGGCAAGACUGUCACUUUUGCUCCGUCCAUACGUCGAAGUGUCUCAGCUGCAGCUGUUGGCCAACGUGGCAGUAGGUGACCUAGUGCGUCGCGCGUCACAAGCACCUGCCCAAAAUUCCUCCUCCGGCAUCGCAGGAACAGGACCACAGAAAGAGCAAGUCAUGCAAGAUCUCGUUGCUCAGUAUGCCCCUAACGCACAUAGCUCCGUGGUCCCGAGGAGCGCCACAGUGAAGUCUCAGGGACAGACAUUUAUAGUGACUGGGACGACAGGCUCACUAGGGUGCCACAUACUGUCUCAUCUUCUCUGCCGAGAUGAGGUGAAAUUGGUGUAUGCCCUCAAUAGAAAGUCGGCUGGUGAAACUUCCAUUCAGGAACGGCAAGCAGCGGCAUUCCUUAAUCAAGGCCUUGCCAAGUCUCUUGUAACGUCUCCAAAGCUCGUGCUGGUGGAGUGCGACCUGUCCGCUUCCGACUUCGGUCUUGAGGGUCCCACAAUCGACGAGCUUUUAUCUUCUGUCACGCAUAUCGUACAUAACGCCUGGACUGUCGAUCUGUACUCCCCAUUGGAACGGUUCGAGAGCCUACUGGAUGGGACACGCAGACUACUUGAGUUGGCAAGUCGCAGCAGGCUACCUACUCCGCCGUCCAUGUUAUUUGUCAGCACGGUGGCUGUCUAUCAAGACUACGACCCCACACUUCCAGCCCCUGAAGAACCUGUUCUCUCGCCCGAGGUUGCUGUCCAAAGCGGCUAUACAGAAUCCAAAUGGAUAGCAGAGCGCCUCGUCCAAACGGCAGCCCAGUCGCUUUCCCUGAACGCUAGCGUGAUACGGGUCGGUUUGUUGACCGGUAGCGUGAAUGGCUCGUGGGAUACCAAUCAUUGGUUCCCUGCGUUGGUACAAUCUGCAGAGUAUCUUGGCUGUCUCCCUGAAGGACAGGAGAUCGUAUCGUGGAUACCUGUGGAUCUCGCCGCCGCUACCAUCGUUGAUAUGUGCGAUAUUGCAGCGGAUACGCUACACCUUGUCCACCCGCAGCCGGUCAGAUGGAACGCCAUCAUGGAGCCACUUGCGUCGAAACUCAAUGUCCCUCUGGUCCCGUAC